GGCUGAUAAGUACUCCCAAAGAAACAAACACCCCCAACUCCGCAACCGAUCUAGUCCCAAACUGAAAUCCCAAACCACAAUGGAGCCUGACGUCAGCAUCGACACCAGUUCCAUGAUCCGGAUCGCGGUCAUCCCAGUCGGAGAAAUCCACCUCCACCUCUUCCGCAAAUACGCCGGAAUGCUCGCUCGCCACCACAACAUCGAACUCUCUACUAUCACUUCCUUCUACACCGAACACCAGAAAUCUCCCUUCACUAAUCAGCCCUGGGAUUCCGGCAGCCUCCGCUUCAAGUUUAUUGUAGGAGGAUCUCCGCCCAGUCCCUGGGAGGAUUUCCAAUCCAAUCGGAAAAUUCAUGCGGUUAUCGGCAUCUGUCAUUGUCCUUCUGCUCCUGAUCUUGAUACUGUUGUUGAGCAGUUUGCUGUUGCUUGUAAAGGAUACUCUUCUUCUGUUGUUCAACGCUGUUUCGCUUUCUCUCCUGCAGAUUCACAGCUAGCGGAUGGGAAGGACAGAGGAAAUAAGUUAGCUUUGUUUCCUCCUGCUGACCAGCGGACUCAAGAAAUUCACUUGCAAACAAUGAUGCAAGACAUUGCUGCUUCACUUCUAAUGGAAUUUGAAAAGUGGGUUCUUCAAGCAGAAUCUGGUGGGACUAUUUUAAAGACACCUUUAGAUUCUCAAGCCAGUCUCAGCUCAGAGGAGGUGAUUAAAGCAAAAAAGAGGAGACUUGGCAGAGCACAGAAAACAAUUGGAGAUUAUUGUUUACUAGCUGGAUCACCUGUUGAUGCCAAUAAUCAUUAUUCUACCGCUUUAGAACUUGCCAGGUUGACUGGGGACUAUUUUUGGUUUGCUGGCGCAAUGGAAGGUGGCGUUUGUGCCUUGUUGAUGGAUAAAGCAGUUCAUAAGGACCCAGUUAUAGAGGAGGAGGUCAAGUAUCGUUACAAUAGCGUCAUUGUGCAUUACAGGAAGUCAUUUAUACAAGACAAUGCUCAGAGGGUCUCACCCCUCAGCUUUGAAUUGGAAGCUACUCUGAAGUUAGCAAGAUUUCUUUGCAGACGUGAGCUGGCUAAGGACGUAGUGGACCUUUUGACUGCUGCUGCAGAUGGAGCGAAAGCUUUAAUUGAUGCAAGUGAUAGACUGAUAUUAUACAUUGAGAUAGCCCGUUUAUAUGGAACUCUUGGUUAUCACAGGAAAGCUGCCUUUUUCUCCAGGCAGGUGGCUCAGUUAUAUUUGCAACAGGAAAACAAUUUGGCUGCUAUUAGUGCCAUGCAAGUGCUGGCUCUAACUACAAAAGCAUAUCGUGUUCAAAGUAGAGCUUCCAUUCCCAAACAUGCUGUUUUCAAUGAUGUUGGGUCAUCAAUUGCUGAUGGUGGAAAGAUGCAUCAUCACUUGGUAGUUUCUCUAUUUGAGUCGCAAUGGAGCACCUUGCAGAUGGUUGUACUAAAGGAGAUACUUCUCUCUGCUGUUCGUGCUGGAGAUCCGCUUGCUGCAUGGAGUGCAGCGGCACGUCUACUAAGAUCUUACUAUCCUCUAAUAACACCUUCAGGUCAAAAUGGGCUUGCAAGUGCGCUCAAUAAUUCAGCUGAACGACUUCCUUCUGGAACUCAUUGUGCUGAUCCUGCUUUACCUUUCGUGAGGUUGCAUUCACUUCCUCUGCAUCCAUCACAGAUGGACAUUAUAAAAAGAAAUUCUGCUAGAGAGGAUUGGUGGGCCGGAUCAGCUCCUUCUGGGCCUUUUAUAUAUACGCCAUUCAGCAAAGGAGAUUCAACCAACAACAGUAAGCAAGAACUUGUUUGGGUCGUUGGAGAACCCGUUCAAGUGUUGGUGGAAUUAGCAAACCCUUGUGGAUUUGACUUAUUGGUUAAUAGCAUAUAUCUUUCUGUGCAUUCUGGAAAUUUCGAUGCUUUUCCAAUCAGUGUUACUCUCCCCCCUAAUUCCUCUAAAGUGAUCAGUUUAUCCGGAAUUCCAACUAAAGUGGGCCCCGUGAAUAUCCCCGGAUGCCUUGUUCAUUGUUUUGGUGUAAUUACUGAGCAUUUCUUUAAGGAUGUUGAUAAUUUGCUUCUAGGAGCUGCACAAGGGCUUGUUAUUUCUGAUCCUUUCCGGUGCUGUGGGUCCGGAAAGCUGAAAACGACAGCUGUACCAAGCAUUACAGUUGUAUCUUCACUGCCAUUGUUGGUUUCACACAUUGUUGGUGGUGAUGGUGCUGUUAUAUUGUAUGAAGGAGAGAUUCGUGAGCUUUGGAUUAGUGUGGCCAAUGCUGGCACAGUGGCGGUUGAGCAGGCACAUAUAUCGUUGUCAGGGAAAAAUCAAGAUUCCGUCAUAUCCAUUGGCUAUGAUGCAUUAAAAUCUGCUCUUCCAUUAAAGCCUGGUGCUGAAGUAACCAUACCGGUCACUUUGAAAGCUUGGCAGCUUGGCUUGGUGGAUCAUGAUGCCAUUGCUAGUAAGAGCACAUUUGUUAACGUGACAAGGCCGCUAAAGGAUGCAAGCAGCCCAAUGUUAUUAAUCCAUUAUGCAGGUCCUGCAGAGAACCAAGGAGAGCUGACAGAAAGUGUUAGCGUUGUGCCACCUGGACGGCGCCUUGUGACUCCCUUAAACGUGUGUGUUUUACAGGGCUUAUCUUUUGUUAAAGCUCGCUUGCUAUCAAUGGAAAUUCCUGCUCACGUGGGAGAGAUUUCAAAUAAUUCAUCGGAUAAUGAUUCUGCUGAUAGGUUGGUGAAAAUUGAUCCCUAUAGAGGAAGCUGGGGCCUAAGAUUUCUUGAACUUGAGUUAUCUAAUCCAACAGACGUUGUGUUUGAGGUCGGUGUCUCCGUCCAGCUCGAGAGUGACGAAACUUCUUCAGAAUUUGAUUACCCCAAAACAAGAAUAGACAGAGAUUACAGUGCGAGAGUACUAAUACCACUGGAGCACUUUAAACUACCCGUUCUUGACGGUUCUUUUCUUGCAAGCAAUUCACUGUCAAACGGGGAUGGUAAAACCUCGGAGAAGAAGAAGAAAGCGGAACUCAACGCUUAUAUAAGGAAGCUGAUUUCAAAGAUUAAAGUUAGGUGGGUGUCGGGGCGAAACAGUUCUGGGGAGUUGCAUAUUAAGGAUGCCACACAAGCAGCCCUUCAGACAUCAAUCAUGGAUGUUUUACUGCCAGAUCCUUUGACCUUUAGUUUCCGGCUUGUUAAAGAAGUAAAUUCUAAGGAUGGCGGUGAUGUGCUGGCACAUGACAUGACACCCAUGGAGGUUUUGGUCCGGAAUAACACCAAGGAUUCUAUUAGUAUGAAUCUUAGCAUUACUUGCAGAGACGUAGCCGGUGAAAACUGCAUUGAAGGCACCAAUUCUGCUGUACUAUGGUCUGGUGCUUUAAGUGGCAUGAAGGUGGAUGUUCCUCCUCUUGAAGAGAUCAAACAUUCGUUUUGUUUGUAUUUCUUAGUCCCGGGUGAGUACACAUUAUUGGCUGCUGCAGUUAUAGAUGAUCCUAACGAAAUUAUGAGGGCUCGUGCACCGUCUUCUUCACCUGAUGAGCCAAUCUUUUGUCGAGGGCCGCCUUAUCAUGUUCGCGUAAAUGGUACUCUCUAAGUCUUCAUGUUGCAUACAAAGGGUCGACAUCUCUCCCACAUAUAUUUUAUAUAUAAAAACACGUAUGCAUCCAUAUAUAUAUGUGUAUGCGAGUAUCUCACCUGAGUAUGUGCAUUUGUUUGUAAUGUGUUGUAACAUUUUGAACUUUUUUUAUCACUCGUAAUCGUAUCAAUCAAAACCCUGUGUGUAUGUGAGGACUUUUUACUGUUACUGAUACUUUAAGAGUUACAUUGUUAGUCUGGUAUGAUAUUUUAUACCCUAUUUAUGGGCCUAAAAAGACUGCUAGUUACUAUUGUUGGUGAUUUUUGUAA